AUGGCGCCUCCUAAGAAGGGUCAAAAAAUGAGUCUGGGGGAUUUUCUCGGUGAUCAAUCCCUUGGGACCACUUCGUCCUGGGCUGACGAAAUGGAGGAUAUGCCUGCUGUUCGCGGCUCCUCCACUGGAUAUGCUCGCCGUGAGUACGGAGAUUCUUCCGGCAGCGGCGGCGGCGGCGGCUUCGGUAGCUUUUCUAGAAACGACCGUGAGGAGCGUUAUCCACCCCGCGAACAGCUCCCAAUCCCCGACAAACCGCCAUUUACCGCACAUGUUGGGAACCUAUCUUUUGAUGUCUCCGAAAACGAGAUAUCCGAAUUCUUCGAAAAAUGUGAUGUCUCUAACGUUAGACUUGUUCGUGACAAAAUGGAAGACCGCCCGAAGGGCUUUGGUUAUGUCGAAUUUAAUACUAAAGAAGGUCUGAUUGCUGCUAUGGAGUUAAAUGGUAGCCAACUUUCGGGCAGGAACAUAAGAAUCAACGUCGCCGAUCCACCGAAGGAUCGUGGCGAGGAGCGUACUCUUGGAGAGUGGCGUCGUACCGGCCCUCUUCCCGCUCUCGAGAAUACUGGACGUCGCAGCAGUGAACGUGGUGGAUUCGGUGACCGCGGUGACCGCGGUGGUUUUGGCGACCGUGACCGUGACCGUGACCGCAUGGGCAGCGAAUCCGGUGACCGCGGGGAGCGCCGCCAGAGUGCCUUCGAGAGCUCUGAUAAGUUGCGCAAUCUUGAUAAAUGGGAGCGCACUGGUCCUCUCCCACCAUCGACCCCGACCGCUGGUGAACAUCGUCCUCGCAGCGGAGAGCGUAAUGAACGUGGGGAGCCUCGUGAAUUCAGGAGACGCUCUCCGGCGCCGAGUGCGGAAGGAACUCCCAAGAGAGAGUACCGUGAGCGCCCAGCUAUCGAACGGCAGCCAACUGCCCCCGAGCGAGAUAAUGAAUGGCGCAGAGGGGCUCGUCCAGAUCCUCCGGCUCCACAAAGAACGCCAACAGCGCCUUCCAGCCCGGUUGCUGCAACUACUCGUCCCAGACUGGAACUCAAGAAGCGCAGCGAGCAUCCUAUAGAGCCUGCUUUGGCAUCUGCCACCAGUGACUCAUCCAGUAAGCCCAAUCCAUUUGGUGCUGCUAGACCAAUUGAUACUUUCCAGCGGGACAAGGAGGUCGAAGAAAAAAGACUUGCCGCCAUUGCCGCCAAGAAGGCUAAGGAGGAAAAGGCCAGGGAGGAUAGAAAGACCCGGGCCGCUGCAGGCGAAAAUGAUAAAAGUGAAGCUGGGACACCAACUGCCACCAAGGACUUUUCGCUUUUGAGAAGAGCAUCUGGCGCGACUGAGGGCAACACUGCUGAGGCCGAGACCGAGGGUGAGGCCGCUCCUACUAUAACUGCACCUUCUAAAAAGAGGGAAGAAAGACCCACGAAGGCAACCCCAUCCAACUGGCGAAAACAAGAGUCAAAAGAGACCCCAGCCGAGGAAGCCGCUGAUGGGUGGUCUACCGUUCCACCCAAAAAAGGUCGUGCUGCAGGAGCAAGGGUAUAA